CCUCUCUCUUCCGAAUCAACAAUCAACAAUCGCAUCGCAUCGCAUCGCAGGGGUGGGUGGGUGGGUGGGUUCGUUCUUCAGACUUCAGUUUGUGUUUAUGCUAACGGUGUUGUCGUUAUCUCCUCCUCCAUCUCCGGCGGCGACAUGUUUUACUCCCAGACAUUUCUGGGUCGGAAAGGUCCCCUCGGCACCGUCUGGUGCGCCGCUCAUUUGCAACAUCGCCUCAAGAAAUCUCAUUACACCUCCACCGAUAUCCUCAAAACCGUCGAUUAUAUUAUGUUUCCUGAAGUGCCAAUUGCUUUGAGGAUGUCUGGCCAUCUUCUGUUGGGCGUUGUUCGGAUAUAUUCCAAAAAAGUGGAUUAUCUUUUCCACGAGUGCAAUAUUAUACUCACUGGAUUGAGCAAAGUUUUUGCUCCAGUAGAGCUUAAUUUGCCAGAGGAUACAAGACAGGCACCGGUACAAUCUAUCACUUUGCCCAACACAUUUGAACUUGAUGCCAUGGAUUUGGAUGACACAUAUGAAGACGGGAUCCAGGAUGACCAUCUACGGAGCCGCGAGGAGAUUACUUUGAUAGAGCAAAUCCCAACCGGAAGAGAUCCUUAUAUUGUUAUAUCUUUUGAUGAGGAUAUUCUGGAAUCGUCACAACAUGCGCUGGUACCUGUUUCUGUGGUUAGUUUAAUGGAGGAGGAGCGUUCUGAAGGUCCUAGUCGUAGUCACCCAGAAGUACAUAGGGAGAGCUUCCAGGAUUCUCCUCUUGGAUCAAGGGGAAAGAUUGAUCGUGACAUUCCUAUGCCAGAUUUGCCAGAAAUAGAAGUUAUGCGUGAUACAGUUCAUGAUGUUGGAUUUGAGAACUUUCCUCCCAUGACAGAUCAUGUAGAUGAUAGAAACUCUCUGACAAGAUCUGAGCAAAUCAUGACGGAGAAGGGAACUGUCACCCCUCCUGUGCCAGAUGCCUUGGCUUCUGGAGGGUCAUCACUACCUUAUCAACAGCAUCCAGAAACAGCUGCUUCAGCAGAUCUGCAGAAUGCUGCCGUGUUUCCAGAUGAGCACGUUUUGUUUGAGCAUGCAUCACCUGAAUUGGAGAUUCGAUCAAGCCCACCUGUCCAGCAGCCACCAGCAAGGAAAAGGAAGAGAAAGCAAUUUUUUGAUGAAUGUGUAGUGUUGAAAAAUAGCUUUAUGAAGAAGGCUCUUCAUAAUCCCAAUGAUUUACUGCGCAAAAGGAGGAAUAUUCCUAGCUCUGCUUUUGGUUUAUGGAAGUUAAAUAAAUGCCUCAGGAAGGAGUGCAGUUUUCAGGAACCCCUCUUCAAUGGCAUGUGCACUGAUCUUCAGAAUGUAUUUAGGAAGGAUUACGUAUCAAUAAACCCACAUCUUUUUGGCCAAGAUGAUGUUAUUCCAGAGCCUGUGGAUUCAGAGACUCCAGGUCCUACAGCCGAAGUUUUGCCUGGUCUUGGGAUUUCUCAAUCUCCUGAUAAUGCUACUGCUUUUGACAUGGAAAUUGAACAUCUUCGGCAUGAUAAAGACCAGACUGGCGGCAACUUCCUGGAUUUUGUUUCACUUCCGAUAAGAGGCAUCGACUCCUCUCUCGGAAGAGAUACCUUUACCCCUAUAUCAGUUAGUUUGGGAUUGGCAACGGAGCUUCCUGAGGGAAGUACUUUUGGAACUGGAGUUCUGCCAACACCUGAUGCUUCCAUGUCCACUGUUCCUUUUAGGUCUGAUACAGAAACACCACUGACAUUUAUAGAGGAAAAUCAAGUUGAAGAGAACACUUGCCUUUCAGAUAUUCCAGAGAUGACUGCUGCAGAAGAACUUUAUUUUCUGGAAGCAGAGGAUACUUCACUGGCGGGAUCCUGCAGAUCACAAGAAAUUGACCCUUUGUCUAUUAGAACAAGGGCAGUCGCUCAGUUCUUACAAAGACGUUCUCCCACUGCCCCAGGACAAGAAGAAGAGUCAGGUCUUAGCCUGACCAACAUUUUAGAAGGAAAGAACAGAAGACUAUGCGCAAGAAUGUUUUUUGAGACACUAGUUUUGAAGAGUUAUGGACUCAUUGAUGUGCAACAAGAUGAAGCCUAUGGUGAUAUAUCAUUAAAGUUGACUCCUACACUUUCAAAGGCACAAAUUUGAUGUUACAUAAUUGUGUUCACUAUGGUCUUGCUGUACAUAGAUACGUGAUCAUUAUGAGUAAUGAAGGCGACUCCUCUCAGCAA